AUGAUCUAUUUUUUUUUGUCAGCCGACGUAAAGCUGUUCAUAUCUAUCUAUCUACUAGACCUGUUCAUUUCGAUCUAUCUAUCUAUUAGACCUACCUGUUCAUUUCUAUCUAUCUAUCUACUAGACCUGUUCAUUUCUAUCUAUCUAUCUAUCUAUCUAUCUAGAUCCGUUCAUAUCUAUUUAUCUUUCUAUCUAGACCUUUAUACAUCUAAUGAUAUUAGACGACGUUAUCAUGCCUUCUCUGUAACGACUGUUUUCAGUUAUCUUUCUUUCUUCGUUAUCUAUCUAUCUAUCUAUUAUAGUCUCUUCGUUAUCUAUCUAUCUAUAGUCUCUUCGUUAUCUAUCUAUCUAUCUAUCUAUUAUAGUCUCUUCGUUAUCUAUCUAUCUAUCUAUCUAUCUAUUAUAGUCUCUUCGUUAUCUAUCUGUCUAUCUAUUAUAGUCUCUUCGUUAUCUAUCUAUCUAUCUAUUAUAGUCUCUUCGUUAUCUAUCUAUCUAUCUAUCUAUUAUAGUCUCUUCGUUAUCUAUCUAUCUUCUCUUCGUUAUCUAUCUAUCUGUCUAUCUAUUGUAGUCUCUUCGUUAUCAAUCUAUCUAUCUAUAGUCUCUUCGUUAUCUAUCUAUCUAUCUCUGGGAAUAUCUGCAGAACAGUUAACAUUUUUCUUUCCUUUAGCUAUCUAA